CCGCCGCAGUCACCUCGCACAUACCGCGCCGGGGAGGAGGGAAAAGGGCCCCGCUCCGGCGGAGGGAUACAGCCCCACGUAUAUAGCAGCGGCGCAGGCUCACAGUCCCAGCACUCUGUGAGCCGCACCGGGAGGAGGCAGCAGUCGCCGCCGCCGCUCGUGGUCGCGCAGUUCGUGCAGCCGCCGCCAGGCCCGCCGCCGCCGCGCCAUGGCUGAUCAGCUGACUGAAGAACAGAUUGCUGAAUUCAAGGAAGCCUUUUCCCUAUUUGACAAAGAUGGUGAUGGCACUAUCACAACAAAAGAACUGGGAACUGUCAUGAGGUCACUGGGUCAAAAUCCAACAGAAGCAGAAUUGCAGGAUAUGAUCAAUGAGGUAGAUGCUGAUGGCAAUGGCACUAUCGACUUCCCUGAAUUCUUAACCAUGAUGGCCAGAAAAAUGAAGGACACAGACAGCGAGGAAGAAAUCCGUGAGGCAUUCCGAGUCUUUGACAAGGAUGGCAAUGGCUAUAUCAGUGCAGCAGAACUUCGCCAUGUUAUGACAAACUUAGGAGAAAAGCUAACAGAUGAAGAAGUAGACGAAAUGAUCAGAGAAGCAGACAUUGAUGGGGAUGGGCAAGUCAACUAUGAAGAAUUCGUACAGAUGAUGACUGCAAAGUGAAGAAACCUCCUUUACACCUUUUUUCCUCUAGAAGAAUCAAAUUGAAUCUUUUACUUACCUCUUGCAAAAAAAAAUGUUCAUUUAUUCAUUCUGUUUCUGUAUAGCAAAACUGAAUGUCAAAUUACCUUCUGUCCACAAACUGCAUGUAAUGGUUGGUGGUCCUGUCCCUAAAAGAUAAAGUUAAACAUCAGUUUUACAAUAUAAAUAAUUGUACUACCUUGAAAAUAAAAAAAAAAAAAGGAAGCACUUCGUGAACUUGAAAGUUCCAUUUGCUAAUGACUAUUACACUGUUUGGGCUGGCCAGUUUUUCAUGCAUGCAGCUUGACAAUUGAGCACAGUCAGACAUGUGUAUUAAAAGGAAAAAAAAAAUCCUAAAGGAUCCACUCUCUUGUUCAACAGUGGAUUCUAGUUCAAUUUGUAGUAUAAAUUGUCAUAGCUGGUUUACUUUAAAAUUGGUUUAUACCUCAGGAUGGUAUGCAGCAAAAUGGUUGAAGGAUGCAAAACUUAAAGAAAAUGCCCUAAAGGUUGAAUGGUUCUCCUGUACGUAGAAGUGUGCUCCAAAAAUAGAAUGAUCUUAACUAUGGAUGGCAUGUCUGUGUUAAAAUACUGGUUUAACAUUGUCUGCAUUGCACUAUAGUGAAACGGGUGUCAGGCUGUUACCGUUCACAAAAUUUUUAAAAGAAACCUUCACCAAGGGAGCAUCUUUGGACUCUCAUAUUUUUAAAACCUUCUGUACCAUGACUUGGAGCUGGCGGAGUAGCCUGUGGACUUCAGCACAACUAUCAACAUUGCUGUUCAAGAUAUUACAAUUUAUGUCCAUUCCAAGUUGUAAAUGCUAGUCUUUUUUUUCCAAUAAAAGACCAUUAACUUAAA